UUUAUAGAUGCAUCAUCACUUGCUGCAUGAUGGAUGAUGCAAAACAUUUCCCUUAUUUCUUUCCAUUUCAUAUGCACAGCGUUUAUGAUGCAAGAAUGCUGGCGACAGUUGGAUGUUUACGCACAUUCUCUGUUUACAUUUUCCACCGCCAUCUCUUUCACUCGACACCAACGAACGCUAGUGGUGCUUUUCACUCGCACACAAACACUGCGCCCAGCUGUCAGCUGUUGAAUGACGGUGGUUUCCCCCCACCCAAAAUCGAAAGACGACAUUGAAAAAUUCGAACCACAGCUCGUGCCACCUUCUCGUGCUGGAGUAAAACUGUUCUGUUCCACUGUAGUGUUAAGUGUUGCGGAAAAAAAUCGGUUAUUCCAUACAGUCCGGUUCAGCCAUUACCCGGCACCGAAUGACAUCGAAAGGUAUGGCGGGGUCCGCGUACGCAUGCGGUGGACCAGGGACACCAACUGGGCAGAAAAAACUUCCACGUGCAUCGGAAUACAACCUGCCACUGGAGACGAUUGUGCGGAUUGCACUGACGUGUAUUUACAUUGCCCUCGAGUUUAAAGCUCCAUUCGUUCGAAAGAUCCAGCCGGAAGAGUUAUGGCUGUACCGGAAUCCGCGCACCGAAAGCUACGUUCCACUAACCAUGCUGUGGCCCAUCGUACUCGGUGUUCCGGGGCUGGUUUUUACGCUGCACUAUCUUAAGUCACGGGAUCGGCAGGAACUACGCUGCACCGUGCUGGCGUUCACCCUUGGUCUCGGCCUGAACGGAGUGCUAACGAACACGAUCAAGAUUGCGGUCGGUCGGCCAAGGCCCGAUUUCUUCUGGCGCUGUUUUCCGGAUGGUGUGCUAAACGAUCAGCUGCACUGCACCGGCACGGAUGUGCGAGCGUUGAUGGAUGGGCGCAAGAGUUUCCCUUCCGGACAUUCUUCCUUUGCCUUCGUCGGUCUUGGAUUCCUUAGCUGGUAUCUAAUCGGGAAGCUGCACCUGAUGAACGUUCGUGGCCGUGGUAGAUCCGUGCGCGUGAUUGCGUCCGGUUUGCCGCUUUUUGCUGCAACGAUGAUUGCGAUCAGUCGCACGUGCGAUUAUCAUCACCACUGGCAGGAUGUGACGGUGGGUUCCGUGAUCGGGAUCUGCCUGUCCUACCUCUGCUAUCGUCAGUAUUAUCCAGCAUUUUCCGAUCGCAACUGUCAUCUACCGUACCAGCACGAUAGCGUACCCGUGCCGCCCAUCCUUCACAGCCCACAACGAGUGAAACGACCGGCGCAAACCGGAACACCACCUGCAUCACCGCUGAUCACAAAUUAUGAAACCCGUGGUGCCGAGGGAGAACGGGAAGAUUCCGAUACGGAGACUAGAAGGUUGCUUUCCUCACCCACUGAGCAGAAGGAAGCAAAGUGGAUUUAAUUGCCAUCCAUUCUCGAAAUCCACUCCAUCGAUAGGCAUCGUGUUCCGUAGCAUUUCAACCCUGCAAUCAUCCACCGAGGAUGAUCGAGUUUAUUUGAUUUUUUGUUUUUAGUAAAAUGACCAAACCACAA